AUGGAAAAGUGCGAAUUCGGAGUUACGGAAACCGCGUUUCUAGGUUAUUUGAAGGACAGAUUCGCUGAGGAACUUGUUAUUGUAAGCUUUCACGAGGAUCGGCUGAGUAUAGUCGAAACCGAUACUUCCGACACAGCUGUAGGCGCUGCACACUUUCAGCUAGACGAGAACGGAAAACUAUAUCCCGUAACUUAUUAUUCCGAAAAGCACUCGCUAGCUGAACAGAACUACGACAUUUAUAAGAAAGAACUCAUGGCUAUAGUCAAAGCCUUGAGGCACUGGAAGAUAUAUCUCCAAAGUGCAAAGUUUCCAAUUACUAUACGUACCGACUACGCGAAUCUCAGAACUUUUAUGACCACUAAAGUCCUGGAUAAUCGACGAAUGGCACGAUGGGCAGAGGAACUCUCUCAGUUUGAUUUAAGGAUCAAACAUGUCAAAGGAAUUGACAACCCCAGGGCCGACACAUUGAGCAAGCAGCCUAGGUACGAAGGAGACAAAGUCUACAAGAAAGUAGCAAUCUUUCGAGAGGAUAAAGACGGGAACCUCGUUCCUAAUACGAAGGAGAUCGCCGCCCUCAGCCGGACCAAGGGACCAUAG